CAUAAUAAUGGGAUAUGGCAAAAAACGAUAUGCCUGUCAUUCUCUGGCUCUGAAAAAGUAUUGGGAAAAUCCUAUUUUGUCUGUUUGCUCCGUGCUAUCUCAACCGUGCAUACCCCCCUUCAUGAGAUGUGGUUAUAAUUCCAGCCUAGAGCGCGGGCUUUCCCCGUGGGACGUCGGCGAAAGGUCGCGCGCUGCACUGUAGCCCAAGUAGGAUAACUGCAUACGUGGAGUGUGUCUGAAAGUGUAGCCCGAUCAGCUCUCGCCUCCCAAACGGCGUCGCUGCGGCGUCUUGUGACCAGACCUGCAACAGGGAUAGUCCACUCGACCUGAGCACUGUUCCGGGAGCGAGAGGCACACACUUUCAUCGCCCUCAGUGGCUCCACACCGCAGAAAGGUAGUCUAGUCAGAGUUGUGCGUUGAUUAUCGAGACGAGACGGUUUCAAACAGUUUCUGCACGCACCAGAUUAGCCGCGGCAUAUGGUUGGGAAUUGGAAAUAGCUCCCGGCGCACGAGCGCAGAUCUGUGUGUGGAGCGGUUCCGUUUCACGCCACUGAGAAACGGGGAUUAAGAGCGACAGGGAACGUGUCAGCAGCACGGACAGAACAUCUCAUCCCCAGACGCCUGCCUGCCGCCAGCCCCUAGCAGCACCAGCCUCACAGCCUCCCGGCCCCCAUGGCAUUUGGCACUGAUUCCCACCACAAGGACAGAUGGUGCCAACCCUGACCCCUCUCCUCGCCCGUGGGGGACCACACCGCCACAGAGAGACCGCCCAUUGACAGGAACAGGAAGAGGGAGCUCCGUCGCCACGGCAACUCCUAGCCCCACAUCCUCUCCAAGGGCCUCAGAUAAACACAUUCACACAGCAGGACCUCGGUGAGGUCCCUGUUUUGUUUGUCUCCGGCUAAUUUGUGCCUUUGAGAUUUCACCACCAUCAGACUUCUUCUUUAGGCGUUCCAUUCCAUGCCUGUUUAGACUGUAUGAGAAUGUGCUGAUGGACCAGGACCAGUGCAGGAGUACGACAUUAGUUUGCUGAAAGCCAGUGAAACUUCAUCCUGUCUGGGACUUCUCCUCUUUCCCUCCUGGCUGGCCUGGCCUCUCAGGCCUGGAUUAAUUAUUAAACGGACUCUACAGCCAAGCUCAGGCUCAGUGCUGCUGGGAGCUCUAUAGGCCUCUUUAAACCCUUGCUGAUUGAAGGGAUCGGAGUCACGGGGUCACAGGUCAAACGACACUGCAAAGAGAAAAGAGGUAGAAGCAGUUUCUGCCGUUUUAACUGCAGAUCAAAGCAAAACCUCUGCAACUCUCUGGCUCUCUUGACUCUCCUCUCCUCCAGACAGAAGUCAAACAACACAAUUCUGUUUAUUCUUUACUGGACAUUAUUAUUAUAUUGAACCCAUUAAUUCUUGAUCUACAGACUGAUUACCAUAUAAUGGCCGACUCCUAUAUUAAAAAAAUAAAAAAGGGAAUAGCACUUCCAACAUAAAAUUAGACACUAAUGGCUUGGUGGGAUGAAUUCAGCAGGGCCAAGUAACAGAGGAGGGAAUACGGUGUCCCUAAAGCAUAGCAGGUAAUUGGAGAAAAGCACAGCUUCUCUGUCGAGCCGACCGACAGACUGACCUUCAGGCUGAAAACUCGGAACCAAAAAGGCAUGAACUGACUGAUUUUUUUUCAAGGCUUACGGUUAUCUCUGGGAUUUCAUCAUCAUUAUCUCAGAGAACAUUUGCAUAACUGAAAUAUGCUGCACUGCACACAACUACCAUCAACAUUGUUGGGUGCAGACGUUUGGGAGAAGCCAUUGUCUGCUAGACAAUACGGAAGGGAGACUACAGUAGAGCGCAGGGAGAGAAAACAGAGGAGCAGAUGAUAAAGGUAUCUAUCAGGCUCCAUCCUGGUCCCAUAGCUCUGAGGGUUCAGUGACGGGCUGUCCUCUCAGGCUGCAGUGGAUUACAUGAGGGAACCUGUGAUCCACAAAUAAUACCUGUAAUCCAGUGAAAAGGAACUGUGAUCCGGAGAGAGGCCCAGUGAUCGAUCCACCAAGGGCUGCUGUGAUUCACUGAGGACUGAGAGUUUCAGAGAGCAGGAACUAUGACCCGGCACUGAGCGUACCAGUGGUCCAGGUUGUGUUCUGCCGUGCCGAGCGUGGCCGUCAGGCUGGGAGAAUCAGGAUGCCAGAGCUGGAGGACUUCCCCCCGAUGCGGGAUGACCAGCCGGCUGGUCCUGACCCGGACCAGAUCCAGCGCAGCAUACUGGACGAGCAGGUAGAGCUGUGGUGGUUCCGCGACCCGGCCAAGUCUCUGCUGUGCUACGCCGUCGCCGUCCUACUCAUCCUGGGCUGCGGCCUGGGAGGCAUACUCCUCCUCUCCACCACGACCAGCUUCUCUAGUGACUGGCGCAUGGGAGCGGGCAUGGCUCUGUGUCUCUUAGCCCUGGCCGUCCUCCUCAAACAGCUCCUGAGCUCCGCCGUGCAGGACAUGAACUGCGUCCGUAGUCGGAGGCGGAUCGAUAUCCUGAAGAGCGGAGGGCUGUCGGAUCUGCUAGUGGUUCUCAUCACAGGGCUGUGUCUGGUGGUCUGUGGGGCCGUACUGCUGAAGCUGGCACUAGGACACCACAUGCCCAAGCCCGGCGUAGCCCUUAAUGAUAUGUACAUCUCUGGGGUGGUGUUGUUAGCUGGAGGGGGGUCAGCGGUGGUGGGGGUGGGAGUGUACACGGGGGUGGUGUUCCUGUUGGAGAGGACGUGGCCGGGACAGAGGUUCAGGGAUCGGGCCAUGGGGGUGUUCACUAUCUCUGGACGACACAUGGACCAGGGUAGGAGGGAGACCACCUCUAGCUUGGCUAACCUCAUCUGACCUGACCACCAGAGACAUGGCAUGGGAUAGGUAGCCCUAAACAGCAGAUGACCGCAACACUCAUAUGGCCCAGAUCUUAUCCAUAUAUAGGCACCGGGGAGGGUUGGAAUUUAUUGGUCCGCUCUGGCUUGAGAUAGGUGGGCUUAGUUGCUGGGCCCCAUUUGGUGUGAACGUUGGGCCACAUCCACCUUGCUGUCUGGGAGGGACCAAUGGACAUCACAUGUGAAGAUGGAAUUUGAGCAAAGUGGCCACCUUUGGAGGAACUAAGUAUCAAUUCAAUUUUGCAGGUCCAUGAAUUGCAAUAUGGGAUAGAGAGCUGUGUCUACACAACAUGUUCUAUUUUAAUGAUUGGCCAUCCUUGGAUAAUUACUUAUGAGAUGGAACCCCAGCAGAGCACUACUCUCUAUAAUGUGAAAUAAACAGAA